UUUGGCGGGCGUUACGGCGAGUUACACGAUUGCCCGAAUCUGAACGGCAUCGCUAAUCGGCAUCGCAUCGUGUGUUAGCGCUGUAGCGGGGCUAAACAAUGGUUCUUGGAGUAACGGUGGUCGCCGAAGAGGCGGCAGUGCGGUCGGUGCGCUCACGCAGUCAUGCUGUGUUCCGCGCGGUGUUCUUGUUUCCUUUGCCGUGAGCUUCAGUCUUGCCGCGCCGCUGACACCCGCAAACCCCCAAACAGACACAACAUGUGUGAAAAUUUCAUACUUAAGAAAUCGGACGCAUGGGAGCCUAUGAAAUUCAUUAGAGGAGCUGCCAGACUUUCAGUGCGACACUGGCAGAGCCGUGAGCCGCUCGCUCCAGGGAAACCGCGCGUCCCAACACACAAGUCGACUAGCUGCGAACAGCUGUAUCAGCAGCCUUCCGAGGAGCCUCCCUACGCGCUACGCAAGGCUCCCAGCACGGACAGGAUGAAGCAAACGGAACAUAAGCCGUUGUUCAGACUGCUCGGUAACUCGCGAUCGAAAAAAAAUAGUGAUGCGCCUGAGUCGAAUGUUAGGCGUAGUGUUCUAAAUUUCAGAAAAACUGAGCAGUCAAACUCAAAAAAUAUACAUGAAAAAUAUGUGCCGUUACCAAAAAAUUCUACUUCUUUAGAACAUAUUUAUAGUGAACCGAAGCAGUGGAACUCGCAAUAUGACGAAUGCUGUCGUCCACCGGUUUAUCAAAGCGUUGAAAAGAAGAUCGCCGAGAAUAAAGCAGCCGAAAAAAAGGCUUAUAACAAUCGUCCUCAUUGCUAUGAUGAACUGGCUGAAAGAUUAUCUCACGAAAGAAGCCGAAAGACACCAGAUGUUGGCCUGGCCAAUAAAAUAACACAGAACAACAACAAAGUUGUUAUUUACUUCGGUGAUUCCCUUAUUCGUAAACACAAUGAGGAGAAAAGAGAAGAAAUAAAGCAAGCUCAAGAGAAAACCAAGAAAGAGGAAGUUAUUUAUGCAAAUCGUGAAAUGGAGGACGCAAAUAAUCUAGGUAUCGGGCGAGAAGUAGACAAGGGUGGAGGAACACGGCUCGUAUCCGAAGUGGAAGUGCCAGAGGCUAUUUAUUCUGAAAUUAAGACUGAAGAAGUACCUGAGCCUUUGCCGAUAAACGACGCGACCUAUAAAAAGGAUGUCCGUGAGACGAUGAGCUCUGAUGGGUUCUUAAUAGUCGAAUUUGAAGGGAAUUUUGAACGAGCUCGACAGCUUAUAGAUUUAGUGCACAACGGCAGCGGUGCGGAGCCACACGAGGCCACGAUGUUGGACGAAGACGACCAGUGUGACUGGAGCUUUAUCCAAAACUGGAGGAAACGGCCAUCAAGCGGGUCCCGGCCGUCCGACGAGGCGUGGUGCGGCGCGGGCGUGUCGGGCGCGCGGGCGCUGCGCGUGCGCGUGGCGGGCGCGGCGCCGGCGCACGCGAGGCGACUCUCGCCGCCGCCGCACGCGCACCGUGCCACCACGCCGCCGCCGCCCACCGAACCGCCUGCUAAACCAAACCCAGAAGACCAGCAACCAGCCAUAGAAGACAGUCCAAGCACCGCGCAACUGAAGCCAGUGAGCGCAGUAUCACAGAUCACAGUAGCCAGUGCGCCGGUUCGUAGCGCUCCUGUGCAGAGCAGCUAUGCGCUGGAGAGGCGCAAGCAUGAUCAUCGGCCGGAUGAUGCGCCGACACAGAACGGCGUUCGCGAAUGCAACAGCAGCUCGGACGAGAACAGAUCGUCUGGGCACGCGUCCAUGUCUGACAGCGGCGGCGGCGACGCGGCGCGCGACGAGCCGCGCCGCCCGCGCCAACCGCCGCAUGCCAGGACUAAGCAUCGACCGCAUAAUAAGCUGCAGUCACCAUGGCCGGGAGGCGGCGGGUUGGAGGACAUCCGCUCGGCGAUCAAGCAGCUGACGCUGCGCUCGCGUGACAGCAGUAGCACCGCCACCAGCGCCUCCAGCGCCGCCGGCAGCAACGGGGCGCCAGAGAAUGGCAGUGUGACAGACGCGCGCCGCCGCCGCGCGCCGCUGGUGCGCCAGCCGUCGCUCGACACCGUGUGCACCAACGUCACUAGUGCGGACGAGUUCGUCUGGGUUGAUUCGCAUAAUAGGCUAGUGGAGCUCCGCGUGGUGCCGUGGACGGCGGCGGAGGUAGCGCGGCUCCUCUCCACCGGCCGCUGCCGCGACCUUGCAGCGCGCCUCGCGCCCGACACGCCGCCCAGACUCGCGUACCUAUUGCAGAGGGCUUUAGUGCGAAUAGCACGAGAGGCUCAGCGUCUGUCGCAGAACUUUGGUUUCUGUUCCAAACACGAAGUUGCUGGCGCGUUCAGAAUCAUCCUGAGCACGCCAUUGGCCGAUUCGUGCAUAAAGGGCUGCGGUCGCGCGGGCACAAUGUACGCGACGUCGGGCAGCGCGGCGCGGCGGCUCGGCUCGGCGGCGCGCGCGCGCACAACGCUCGCGCCGGGCCGCUUCCUACGAUGGAUGCUCGACGUGCGGGUCGCGCCCUUCGUACACGAAUACGCAGCAGUAUACCUCUGUGCGGGCAUGGAGACGCUUCUCGAAGAGAUAACUCUGAUCGCGGGCGGCUCCGGUACGGCUCCCAUCACGCCUGCUACAGUGGACCACGCGGUGGCCACUUGCGCGGACCUGUGGGGGCUGCUGCAGCCCUACAGCCACUUGAACGCGGGCAGGGUGGCUUCAGGGGCACUGUCUUUAUCCCGUUGGGAAUCAAUGAGUUCUCUUGGAUCAGGAUCCGGUUCCUCAUCAGGCGCGCCCAGACCUGAACAUCGCCAAUUGGGGCUCAGUCAUGAUUCCGGCAUCACUACUAAUGGGUCUGCAGGCUCCGGCACCUCAGGCUCGAACACCAGCUCCGCCGAGUCCGGUGGCUCAAUGGGGUCUGGGGGUACGGGAUCGGCGGGGUCAGCGGGGUCAGCGUCAGUGCUACUCACCACGUGCGCGGGGUCGGCGGCCGAGCUGCGCGCCGUGCUGCGCCAGCUCGCGGCGCGACACCCGCCAUUGUCGCCCGCUGGGGAAAGGGCUUUGUACUACUUCAUGAGAUGUUCGCAGCUGGAGCACAGCUCGAGCGGCGGGACGGCGUGCGGCGCGGCGGGCGGGCUGUGGGGCGAGCGCGGCGCGGGCGCGCUGCCGCCGCUGGGCGAGUGGGUGCGCGUGGCGCGCGCGCACGCCGCGCUGCGCCCGCCGCCCAACGUGCCCGACGCCGACGACGUGCUGCAGGCCGCCAGGCUGCUGCUACCGCACGCCGACUGCCCGCCGCGACCGAUCACGCUAGAGGAAGCGAUCGAGCCAGCAUGGUCCCGCUGCACCCGCACGGCCGACGAGCUGAGUCGCGCGGCGCUCGGGCUGGCGCAGCGCGCGCUGCUGAGCGGCCGCCCCGACCUGCUCGGCGGCGUGCGGGCACUGCUGCCACCCGCGGGGAUCGACGCUACUGACGCUAUGGGGAUGACUGUGCUGAUGAAAGCUGCGUUAAAUGGAGACGAGCAAGUGGUUGCGAUGCUUCUUGAAGCGGGAGCGGACCCGAACAUCGAGACGGGUGGUGCAGCGGCGCAGCACAACGCGCUGUUGUCACCGCGCUCGCCCGCACAGCACACCUCGCCAGCUAGCACUUAUACGCCGCCUACUGCGGGGUGGACGGCGCUGGUGUACGCGUGCAGCGGCGCCAGCGCGGGCGGCGGCGGCGUGGAGGCCGCGCGGCGCCUGCUCGCCGCCGGCGCGCGGGUGGACGGCGCGCCCGCGCGGGGCGACGACGUGUGCACGCUUACACCGCUGCAGAUGGCGUGUGGAGUGGGCAACCUAGAACUAGUGCAGUUACUGCUGUCGCAUGGAGCCGAUCCGUUCCUGUCUACGCAACUUAAUGACGCAUUGUGUUAUUCAGCAGCAGCACAAUAUGGAUGUUAUAGCGCGGUAGCGGUGUGCUGUGCGCACGGGCGGCGCGCGUGCCUGCGUGCGGCGGCGCGCGGCGGCGGCGGGCGCGCCGUGCUGUCGCUGGAGGAGGCGCUGGCGGAGGGCGCGCCGCCGGCCGCCGGCCGCCCCCCGCCCUUCACCAAGCUGCAGCAUCGCGCGCUGCAAGACGCGCUCUACUGCGCUGCCGAGACGGGACACCUAGACAUAACGCUAGAGCUGCGCGCGCUGGGCGUGCCGUGGUCGCUGCACGCGUGGACGCUAUCACUCGCAGCCGCUGCUGACGCCUCACUGGAUCACGUGAUUGAUCAGCUGUUGCAGGACUUCUUGCAGUGGAUGUUCCAGGUGUGCCCGUCCGACGAUAGCCACUACAGCAAGCAGUUCAUUUACGAGUGCCUCCCUCUACUCUUCAACAUUUUGCGGUAUAGUAAGAAGGAAGGCACGGUGCUGCUGCUGGCAGACAUCCUGUGCGCGUGCUACGGCUGGGAGGCGGUGCCGGCGGUGCGCGAGCCGCCGCCCGCUGCGCCCGCGCCCGCGCGCGUCGACGUCUCCUACGUCAACAACCCCGAGCUCGCUGACGUCACCUUCCGGGUGGAAGGUCGACUAUUCUACGGGCACAAGAUCGUGCUAGUGUCGGAGUCGCCGCGGCUACGCGCGAUGCUGGCGCCGCCGCGAGCCGCCGACGGCUCGCCGUCCGCCAGCAGCGCGCCACCAUUGGUGCAGAUUAACGAUAUACGAUAUCAUAUAUUUGAGCAAGUGAUGCAGUACCUGUACGCGGGCGGGUGCAGCGGACUGUCGCUGGCCGAGGCCGACGUGCUGGAGGUGCUGGCGGCCGCGUCGUUCUUCCAGCUGCUGCCGCUGCAGCGCUACUGCGAGGCGAGAGCCGCUAAGGCCGUGGACCUGCAUAAUCUCGUCUCCGUUUAUAUACAUGCUAAGGUGUACGGAGCGAGCCAGUUACUCGAGUACUGCCAAGGGUUCCUGCUGCAGAACAUGGUGGCGCUGCUCACGUACGACGACUCGGUGAAGCGGCUGCUAUUCGGCAAGCGCCUGCCCGGACACAACGUGCUGGCCGCGCUGCUCGCCACGCUGCAGAAACGGAUCGAGGCUAGGAAGAGCCACGCAAAAAAUAAGAUAUAGCCCCACUCGCUGACCAGUUGAGCAAACACCUGAAUCAACUUAACAACUGAGUACUGAAACGUCCCGAAAGAACUGAACGAUGGACAAAAUAUAAUUAGACUGCUUGACAAGAGAAACAAUCUAAAAAAGAGUAAUUUAAAAAGAAUAGUACGAACCAGAUGGAAUAUAUGAAAUUGGACUACUACCAGUGAAGCUAAUCAAAAAGCUACAUGUUUUAAAAAAAAGAAAUAUCAUCUAUACGUUGUACUUAUUAACGUGAUGGAUUGUUCAAUAAACCUUCCCUUGAGGCGAGUACCUGAAGCGAAAACAAGGAAUAAAACGAAUAAAUUUUGACAUUUAGAUAUUGUGUUGCUGUUUAUUACGUACAAAUUAUACGAAUUUGAAUUUGCCGCCUCCUGUUUUGCAAAGACAAUAGCUUAUUGAUUGAAUGACAAAUCUGUCCUAUGUCAUAAAUUCGCUCGUCGCUCUUUUUUCAAGACAUUGUUUAAAACUGUUUAUAACGCUAGAUUUCUUUUACAUGAUUUCGAAAUAUUCUGAACUCGUUAUAAAAUGUAUUAGUGUUAAACGUAAUUGUUCUAAAUUCGUUUGAUAUCUUAAUUAAUCCUUUUUGUGAUUUGUCUCAUUAUUUAACCACAAAUGUAAAUAAUGACUGCAUAUUUAAAAGUGUCGAAAUGUUAUUUGAAGAUUAUAAAUGUAAUGUAAAUAUAAUAUUUUAUAAAUGUGUAAUAAUAAGUUAUAAAAUGUAAUUAUUCUUAUUUUGCAUUAUUAAUAGACUGGUGGAAAAUAUAGUAUUUUAGGUGUUAAGAUUAAUAUGGUAGAGAAAAUGUGCUAUUUUAAUAACUUUUUGCUUUUACAGUUGAAAAUUGUUUUGUCUUGAAUUAAUGAAUUCCAUCUUUUGUCUCACCCAAAAGAACUUUUGAUUGAUGCAAUUCUUAAACAAUUACUACUGAUAUAUCUGUCUAUAUCACUACUUUGAAAUAUCCAUUUUAAAUAAUUGUGUGUUAGAUAUAUCUUAAUUGUAAUAAUUUUAAAAACUAAAUUUUGAGAAUUAAAAAUCUUGAUUUGUUACUCUUGUUCUGCUUUACUACAAAUUAUUGUGAAGUAUUAACUAUGUAAUAUUGUAAUUAUUGUUGAAUAAAGAUUUAGUAUUUUUUA